AUGCCCACGAGCGUGACCGGGCCAUCUAGCGACUCCCGUUUCCAGGAGUUCUCACGCCUCGAACUGCCACGUCUUGUUCGCCGGACGCUAGAGAGCAUAGUAGAACAUGAAGCGCAACCACUCGAGGAUAGGUUAAAGGAACGACUAGUGGAUAUCGUUAGGCAAUGUCAGUCGCAGCUCGAGACGAUGUUUUGCACGGUGGCUGGUCCAGGCGACACCAUCGCCGCAACCAGUUCGAGGUCAAAUGCUCAGGCGUUUCGCGACGUGAUUGAGCCUCCGGAUAAUACCCAACUACCUACCAUGUCCAGCAUUAUCGAGCCGGUAGAUCAGCAUACAUCAUCAACAGCUGCACCACUUCCAACACAACUUCAUGAGACGUCUUAUGAAGGCGUAGCACUCGCCGAAGCAGCCGAGCCAGUAUCCGACACUUCGGAUUCUGGAUACGAGACCAUCAGUCUAGCUGCUUUACCAGCCACCAGCGUCCACAAUGAGCUGCCUCAUGAGUAUUUCGAUCCGAAUCAAUACGUCGAUCUCAGUAACUAUUCACACUUGUUUGAAGCGACAGCGGGCACCGCGAUACAGGUUGCGCAGACACACGCAGAGGACGACCUUUCGAUAUGGUCUUUCGUCGACACAAUCCCUGUGAUGAACAACGAAAACGUGGAAGCAUCGCACAGCGCGCCCAGCUUUGAUCAUAUUAGCCAGUAUUAG